AUGCUAAUUAAAAUUCAUAAAUUAUAUCUAUCUAUCUAUCUAUCUAUCUAUCUAUCUAUCUAUCUAUCUAUCUAUGUCUGGAAAACCAGAAACAAGCAUCAGCUACCCUCGUGUCGGAAGAAGGUUUCAGGCACAACGGUUUCAACACCCUGUCAGAUCAAGAUGGCUGACAAUGAACCGCAAAACAAUGCAGAAAUUGAGGUUGAAGAGGAAAUAGACUGUGAAGAGGGUUCUGAAGAUGCUCCUCAAAGUGGUGUGACUUCAGAACUCACUAAUGAACUGAUGCAGAAUCCCUCCGUAUUAGCAGCUCUUCAAGAUAGGCUCGAUAGCAUUGUUGGUACCCCAUCCACCUACAUCCAGAACUUACCAAAGUCUGUGAAAAGAAGAAUAAAGGCCUUAAAGAAACUACAGUAUGAAACAACUAAAGUAGAAGCAGAAUUUUAUGAAGAACUUCACAAAUUAGAGUGCAAGUUUGCAGAAAAAUAUGCACCUUUCUAUAAUAAGCGAAAAGACAUUAUAAAUGCAAAUGUAGAACCCACAGAUGAAGAGUGUGAAUGGACUAGUGAUGAAGAUGAUGAAAUUGUUGAAGGUAUUAAUAAAACUACUAUUGAAGAAAAGCCAGCAGAAAAUAAGGAGCCUGAAGUUGAAGUUUUAGAUGAAAAUACCAAAGGUAUUCCUCACUUCUGGUUGACAGUUUUUAAGAAUGUAGAUAUGCUUUCAGAAAUGGUUCAGGAAAAUGAUGAACCUAUAUUGAAGCAUCUUACGGAUAUUAAGUGUGUAUUUUCAGAGAAAAAUCCAAUGGGUUUCACUCUGGAAUUUUACUUUGAGACCAAUGACUAUUUCAAGAAUUCAAUCUUAACAAAAAAAUACAUCAUGAAAUCUGAACCAGAUGAGGGUGAUCCUUUUUCAUUUGAAGGACCUGAAAUCAUAAAAUGUAGUGGUUGCCAAAUUGAAUGGAAGAAAGGCAAGGAUGUGACUGUGAAAGUUGUAAAAAAGAAACUGAAACACAAGGGAAGAGGAACAACUAGAACGGUGACAAAAACUGUUGAAAAUGAUUCUUUCUUCAAUUUCUUCAACCCUCCUACGCCCCCAGAAGAUGAAGCUGAAAUGGAUGAGAAUGCUGAAGCUAUUUUAGCUGCAGACUUUGAAAUUGGACACUUUAUACGAGAGCGUAUUAUACCUCGAGCAGUUUUGUACUUCACUGGUGAAGCAUUAGAAGAUGAAGAUGAGUAUGAUGAGGAAGGAGAUGAAGAAGAGCAUGAAGGUGAGGACUAUGAUCCAGAAAAUGACCCAGAUUAUAAUCCAGAGACUGAUGGGAAGAGAGAUUGUAAACAACAGUGA